AUGACUGCUUCUCUCCAGACUUAUAAGCUAAGUAACGAAAGUACCUUGUUUACUUUAAUAAUGCGGAUUGAUGCAUCUGUGUCGCUGCUGGCUGCACUUUGCUCCGCAGCACUAGCAAUUGCUAAUACGGCCUCGCUCUCUAGCCGUGGCAUUUCAAAAGACCCGUCAUGCCCAGACGACUGGUUUUGCGAGCAGAAAGGCUGUGACCUGACCUGCGCAGCUGGAGAUAUUUGCAUUUCUUUUGAAGGAACUGCAUGUGGUACUGAUGGAGUUUGCUGCCACGGCAAUUGUUACAAGCCUGGUACUGCAUGCUGCGAUGAUAGUACCAUCCACUGUACUAUUGGUAACCUGUGUCUCGCUCGCCCUAGUGGUGACAGCUGCAGAGCAGGAACAUCCACUAGUACUCGAGUAUCUCGAUCAUCAACCUCUGCCCCCCCUAUUCAGCAACCUCAGCCAACAUUUACAAGUAGGCGUACUACUGUGCUAUCCACACCAGUCGUGACAACAAAGGCAUCGUCAGUAACAUCUUCGGCACAAACGUCAGCGAGGUCAACCACAACUACUACUACUGCUGCAGCAAAGCCUACUAUCUUGCAGCAAGUCGGCGACUUUCGCUACGCAGGGUGCCUUGCUGAUGGGGCUACGCCCGUGCUGGUUGUUGAUCACACCUCUAAUCCUAGCCAGAACGGCAUGACUGCUGAGAAGUGUGUUGAUCUAGCGCUACGAAAAGGCUUACGUUAUGCCGGCGUUGAGUCUGGUUCGGAGUGCUUUCUAGGAAACACCCUUCAUGGCUCUGAUAAGAAGCCAGACGGUGAUUGUAACAAAGUCUGCGCAGGUGCACCAACUGAGUACUGUGGUCAGGCCGACAGGCUUCAAGUUUAUGAGAACCGGAAAUGGAGCGAUCCGACUCUGGACGAGUUAACUAAUGCACUGACCGUUUACAACAGGACUUUGUUCCAAUUGUAUCAGCUCAACAACCAAUACCAAAGCCUCAUUCAACGGUGGGCAGAUGCGCAAAAGGGUGGUAAAAAACGAGCAUCGUUCUUUUCUAAGAGAGCCCCAACAAUUACGGUUACAGAGCUGCGUAGGGGUCUAGCCGAUAUUCAAAGACAAUACCCUACUCAUCGCCAAGCACUUGCUCAGGCAUCCACAGAAGGAGGUAGAUUGUUUCUACGUGGGGCGAGCUUGGAUGUUGUGCGAACUGGAAACCCAUUUGUAGAUCCCCCAAAUUUACAAAGGGCGCAGAACGCUUUUGACAUUCCUCUCCAACCACUUGAGCGAGUUCAAUCGGCGAUAGAGGCCGAUAUACAGUCCAUUGAUUCAACACCUUCCACUACACCACUUCUCGAUACUGCCGGCGACUUGGCUAUCGUCGGAGCUGCUGGAACUGCUAUUGGCAUCUUGGCGGGGUCGACCUUGGAAAAAAUCGCACUUGGCCAGGGCGUUUUUGCCCUUCUUGCUCUUGUAUUUUUGUCUCUGCAUCCAUCGACGACACCAGGCAAUCCAACGACCACACCCUUACUACCACCGUCAGCGACUACAACAAUCACCUCUUCUACGUCGUCUGCUGCCCCUUCUGCUACCCCAUACUUCCUCGUUGCAGCAAAUGGUGUUUCGAGUGGUCAAUUCAAAGCAUUUACAGAGGAAUUAAAUGAAAAAGUUGAAACCAAAGUCAUCAACAAUCUCUUCGGUAUUGCGCGGGUGGUAGAUUUGACUGCCAGCCAACUCAAACGAGCCAGGGAGAGCCGGUUCGUGUUUUCGGCAACUCUUAACAAUAACGCACGGGUGCCAGAUUCAACAACAUUUAAGCAAAGCAACACAUCGAAUGUCUUGCAAGCGUCAAAGCUGAGCAAGCGGGCUGACCCUCAGAGAGGAACGGCCCUUCCCGGUAGCUAUUCCAAGCCAAUAAAACUUCAUGGCCACAGUGGAAACCCUCCCUAUAGCCUUGCUCAUCUGCAGUCCCUCUCUAGGGCAUGGUUUCCACAGGGCAUUGACAAUCGAUACCAAUACAACUAUGAAGCUGAUCCGGGCGCUGGUACGUUCAUAUACAUCACAGAGCCAGCCGAUUUCACCCAUCCAGAGUUUGCCCAGGUCCGUCAGGAACGAAUCACUAUUAAGAGCCCGACUAGCGACCCAGCUAAGCUUGAUAGGGUUCAUGGAACAGCGGUUGCCUCAAUGGCAUCCGGAUAUAGGCUUGGAGUUGCCGCGUCAGCAACACUUAUAUCUGUUGACAUGUCGUUUGAAGAAGCCGAUAUGUUUGAGGCUCUCUUCGAGGUAUACGAAGAUAUUGUACGCAAAGACAGACAGGGAAAGGCUGUUGUUAACAUGUCUUGGGGAAUGCAAGGUGACCCUGACUCUAAAAGUUGUCUUCCCGAGUUUUGGCUUGCUAAAGUAAUUAAGCAAUUACAUGAGGAAGGUGUUGUCGUGGCCGUCUCGGGCGGCAAUAACGGGGAGGAUCCCGUCGAUCCAACGUUCGCGACACAUGCUCCUCGGUGUUAUGCCACUUUUAUGGACGAUCUGAUAGUGGUUGGUUCUGUUGAUAUAACUGGCAAGAGGUCUGCAUUUUCGGGCAAGUGCGACGCUGCCAAUACCACGCCAAACUGUAUGACUGCAUAUGCUGUUGGUGAAAACGUUCUUGCAGCAGAUUCCACCACCAGAAGGAGGACUUUUGUUAGUGGCACAAGCUUCGCAACAUCUAUCAUCUCAGGUUUAGCCGCAUACCUGUUAACUCACCCUAGCGGUGCUAUUCAUCAAAGGAUUUUUGGUUUUGGAACAGACAAAAUAGCUGAAGGAGUUCGUGAGGUUAUUGAAGAAUGGAGUUGGAGCCGCAUGCCAACUGGUGGUGUCGACUGGCCUAAUGUGGCCUGGAAUGGUGUCGUUGAAUAG